AUGAAAAAGCUUUUUCAAAACGAGAAGCCUGAGCUAUAUACACUUCAUUCAAGGCUGUAUAAAACACUUUUUGAUAGUUUUAUGAAACAAAAUGAAUAUGUAUCAGAAGGCAAAAUAUCCCAAGAGAAAUUUAAGAUCAAUAUUUUGAACGUCUACAUACCUCUAACACAGCAAAUUCAGAGCAGGAUAAAUUUCAACGUUCAAGUGAUUAUCAAGUAA